AUGCGGACGUUGGAAGGGACGAUUGGAGAUGAUGGUGGGACGACGGACGAGAAUAUUGCGAGACUCAAGGGUCUCGUAGGUCAGCUGUCAGGGCAUGUGAAACAUAAGGACACGUUCCAAAAUCUGUCGCAGAAAUUCAAACAGUUCUGGCAUCCACUCCACGACUACCUCAAAGAAGAGACCAAAAGAGUUCACGCAGCGAAUAACGAGAAAAUUAAUCCCAAGCCGUCCGGAGAGGAACAGCUCUACACUUCCAAACUCGACGCUGCACAUUCCGCACUCAACAAACUACUCGAUCACAUUAGUAAUCACCGCUACAACCACGAAGUGCCCGCCAUGCUAGACAGUCUCUCCACUAAAGUCGAUGGUCUCCACCCCAAGACAUUCAAUGAACCGAGCACUCCCCUGCUUGACGGCGUUGGGGAGGGGCUGCGUGAGUUUGCGGCUGAACUAGGGAAGGCGUACAUAAACAGGUAUGAUGGUGGGAAAACAAUUAAAAGGUGGACACAUAGGGAAACCGGAGAUGUAGAAUUAACGGUCGGAGGCCGAAAUGGCGCAAAAAUAUUUCUGAGCCUGCUCGCCAUACUCUAUCACGAUUUGUUAAAAUUAAGAAGUGAGUGCAGGGGCUUGAGCGCACAUCAAAUCAACAAAUCAACGGACGUAGGUAGACUGUUUGCCGAACUAGGAUUCAAAGUUUCGGAAAAAAAUCAGCAGAACGGUGAAUUGCAUGACCACAGGAAUAAGAUAGGUGACUACGUAUUUAAGAGGAUUAUAUAUAACAACUUCCACAUCUUCGACCUACUCAUUGUAUAUACAGUCACUUUGAGCAGUACAACGAAGUCUGCCAUAUUGCUACUUCCUCAGCUAGGAGGCAGCCGUGCAGCGUCUAUGAAAUGCUUGUAUGGCUCACUGGGUCUUCCAUACACUUCUGUAUACGGCACAAUGCGUGACAUAACUUUGUCGGAGUUUUUUGAAGAUUCAACUAAGCAGGUUGCCGCAGAAAUAGAGGGUAUUGAGAUGACACUCACGGACAUUGGUGCCGUACCCAUACAAGCUUGUCCACGUGACAUAACGUAUAACAAAGUAACGAAAGCAAUCACCCAUAUCUGCGCGAAAGCAUAUGAUGUUCUCGCAUCCAUAGCAGGUCACGGCGACGAAUACACGCUGUACGCCAGUGACUAUUGCAACAACUCUUUAGGUCUCAAAUAUCCUAGUUCUGGUCAGGAAUGUCUUGAUAUGCUUCUCGAUGUACUACGGAGAUGCUUGCCAGCACUCCGCUACAUUUUCUACAGAUGCAACGUAACCGCUGAGCACCACGGCUGGCGCAAUUGUGAGUACGGCAAGGAUGUGCCGACAAGCAAAUCGCAUUGCAGCAACAGUGCAACGGGCCAGGUAACGGGGCAACCAACGUGCGAAGCAAAGUGCCAACCAACUUCCCCGCUGAUGAGCUAUCUUAACGACUGCCUGCCUGGUCACUUACCGCAUAAUGUCAGCUCCAUAGGGUGCAGAUCGGUAUGCAGCAACUGUCCCUCCGCUGCGAAGCUUGGUAUGCCGUGUCUGACGCCCAUGGGAUUCCGCGGUUUCUCUGGCUCAACCAAAAGUGGCGCGGACCUAUGUGAGAUCAUUCGCGAAUUCUUAGGUAGUGGCCUGGUAGCAUCAUUGUUCUGCCUUGUACCUACUCCGCCGAAGACGCUGCCAGAACACUUCGGAUUUGCUUUGUCGCUUGUCAAUGGAUGGGUUAAUAUUACCAAUUUGACGCCCGAGAAACGAAGUGAAUUUAGCUUUCAAUCGUCAUUUGAAUCACGCAUACGUGAUGUCUCUCUUAUGUUAUAUCCCGAUUCCAAUAAGUUAAUAAAAACGUUGAUGAGAGCAUAUGGUUCACAGGCGGUUUUGCAUGAAUAUUGCAAGCAUCCUCAUCUUGUCAAUUUCACUAGCUCAGAUAUAUGUCGUUACGAUGUUGCAGAUGUAGCCUGCGCUCCUUAUCUUCAAUCGCUAUGCUCAGGUUCCUAUGAAUACAUGGCCAUCAAACACUGUGAACUAGGCGAUACGUGCAAGAAAGGAUCGCAUGGUCGUACUGACGAAAAAAGUGGGAACCCACGUUGCCAGUGUCCAUCAAUAGUGGAUUGUAAGGGCGUGUCACCGACGCUGUACCGAUAUGGAUUCAGUUUCUGUGACGCUGUCAAAUUGAAUGAUGAUAAAUAUAAAAAGAAGUGUUCCGAUUUCUGCAGUCAGUUAAACAAAAUGUUAACUUCACAAUAUUUCAAAGACCUCUUCAAAGAAUGCGACAACUUCAUUUGGACCAUCAGAGAACCGUUCACUUACAUGGUCCUAGCACUUUGGUCACUCUCCCUCUUCUACCUCAUCUGCGUGAUGGUUGGCAGACUGGAUGUGCUCCACAUACGCUCACACUUACGAUCACCGUCAUCGCACAAGAUAACGGCGCAAUCAUUGUUGGCGGCAGCGCAAGUCGGAAGGCUUGCCAAGAUAUCGUACCUGCAACCGUGA